AUGAGGAGAGAUGAAGAUGAUGAUAAAAAAUCCGAAUUUCAAACUGAAUUUAUACUCGAAACCCACUUCAGGUGUAGAACUGGAGGGUCAUUCACGAGCAGAACGAGUGCAGAAAGCUUAUGGACUAAGUUGGACGGAAGCCACAGGGGCGACAACAGGAAAGGCAUCCAUGGCGUCAAGGCUUACCUUCAACGCUACGGCUACUACUUGACCCAAAACGAAACCAAUUCUCAAACAAAUGCAUUCGACGAGGCCUUGGAGGCGUCCAUUAAAUCAUACCAGAAAUUCUUCAAGCUUAACGUGAGCGGGGCUUUGGACAAGGAGACGCUGGAUCAAAUGGCGAAGCCUCGAUGUGGGUUGUCAGAUAAUUUCACGAUGGCGGGUGGGAAGCUGGGUGGUUCUUAUUAUGCUUUCUUUCCAGGACGCCACAUUUGGCCGCCUGAAAAGAGGCACUUGACGUACGGAUUUAUCCACGAGUACCCAUCCAAGGAUCAUGGAGAUGGGCAUCCGUUCGAUGGAUUUGGGGGAGCAUUGGCCCAUUGUUUUGGGCCAAUUGAUGGGAGAGUUCACUUUGACGCCCAGGAGGUUUGGGAUUGGGGUGUUCGUAUAUUGCAGAAUGACUUGGAGUCCGUGGCAUUGCAUGAGAUUCGGCAUGCCCUUGGGCUUGGCCAUACCGACGUUCAAGAUGCCGUCAUGUGGCCUACCAUGAACUUUGGGUCCAGGAAGACUCGCUUGCAUGAUGAUGAUAUUAAUGGUAUUCGUGCUCUAUAUGGAAACUAA